AGUCUUGUGUUGUGUUUGAGAGACAAGGUCAGCAGUCUGUUGUCUGACUGACUAACCCUUAUACCCGGUACCCUAACCCUUAUACCCUGAAUCUAACCCUUAUACCUUGUACCCUAACCCUCACGCUGUUGUCAGGAGGCAGCAUGGCUCGUCUUCUGCGACCUGGACUCAGGUCUAUUAUCGUUUCACAGUUGAGAAGUGCAUCCGAUCAUCAGAUGGGCUCGCUUGGUGGGGGCGCUGGGAAAGGUGGAGGAGCUGGAGGUUCCAUCAGGGAGGCGGGGGGAGCCAUGGGGAAGAAGCAGGUUGCAGAGGAGGAAUUGUAUUUUAGGCGUAAGGAGCAGGAGCAGAUGGCUGCUCUGAAGCAGCACCACCAGGACGAGAUCGAGCAUCACAAGAAGGAGAUUGAGCGCAUGCAGCGCGAGAUCGACCGGCACAAGGGGAAGAUCCGCAUGCUGAAGCACGACGACUGAAGCCUCCAGUGAUCCGUGGCACGCCGGAAAUACCUUAAACAAUUUUGAUGAUGCACUGCUCACCCUCUGAGGGUGAGAUGAAUGUAAUUGAAAUGCUUGAAAGUUAUUAAAAAAUAUAUUUCUUGAAUCUAUUAAAACAUUGGUUUGCCUUCAUUACAAUAUAGCUACGGACUAAUGAGUAAAUACUAUUUUUCAUUGACUUUUGUUGUCAAACCAUGUAUGUUGUGUUUUGUAAUCUAAAUACAUUAAACUAUGGAUGAAUUGCCCUUAAAC